UUGCUCAGAACCUUCCAGCCCGCCCCGUCCGACACCGCGGCCCACAACAUGCCGGUCCAUCGCCAACACCCCGACCCACCCCCAACACGCGGUCUCCUACUCAGCCGGGGAGGGGCGCCCUCGAGCCACGGCGCUCGUUGCCCGCUGGGAGGGCGCAGCUCGCCCAUUGGCCGGCGCGCCGCAGGGCGGGAAAGGGGGCCAACGGCUGCGGCUGGCCCUCGGGGUGCGACGGCCAUGGCGUCGGGGUCCAGGGCCACCGUGCCCGAGGACUCAGUCCUAACCAUUAGCCCAGGCCAGCCGGGCGACAAGGUUGUCUUUGCCCCACUCCGGGAGUCGGCGGCGGCGGGGACCCGGAAGAGCGGUACGUCCCCAGUGCGAUCGGUGGUGGCGUCCCCUCGACCCGUGAGGGGCAAAGUGGGCCGGGCCGCGGCCCGACGGCGGCUCCAGCUCCUGCCCACCGCUCAGGCCGAGGACUCCCGGGAAGGGGCCGCGGAGGAGGAGGAAGAGCCCCUUCUCUCGGUGCCCAAGGAGGAAGAGGAGGCGCGGCCACUGCCCCCAGUAUGCGCGGCCCCCAUGAGGGGCAUGUGGCGGGACGAGAAGGUGGCGCUGUAUUGCGACGACGUGCUGGAGGGCUGUAAGGUGAGAAUGGGACAAUGGACCGGAAUCCAGCGUAGGACCCUUGCAGGGGGGCCAGCAGAGAAUUCGGGACGAGCUCUCCAGGCAGAAGAUGCUGAUGAAGCUAUGAGUAAAUACCUAUCAGAAAAAUUAAAGUUGAAAGACAAAUGGCUUGGAGUCUGGAAGACUAAUCCUGAAUUAUUCUUUGUCAAAUACGAAGAAGCUUCUAUCCCUUUUGUUGGUAUACUGGUUGAGGUAACUUGUAAACCACACCAAAGCUCCUCAUCUUGUUUCAAAGUUACUGUUUCUGUUGCUGAGCCUUUUUCUUCUAACAUUUCAAAUAUUCCAAGGGAUUUGGUUGAUGAGAUUUUAGAAGAACUAGAGCAUAGUGUGCCUCUCUUGGAAGUGUACCCUGUUGAACGACAAGAUUCUGAUUUACAUGAUAUUGCUUUGGCCUUGGAAGUUGUAAGGUUUUUUUAUGACUUUCUUUGGAGAGACUGGGAUGAUGAAGAAAGCUGUGAGAAUUAUACCGCUUUGAUUGAAGAGAGAAUUAAUUUGUGGUGUGAUAUACAGGAUGGAACAAUACCUGGUCCUAUUGCACAACGUUUCAAAAAAACUUUGGAGAAAUAUAAAAACAAGCGUGUGGAGCUCAUAGAGUAUCAGAGCAACAUUAAAGAAGAUCCCUCUGCAGCAGAGGCUGUUGAAUGCUGGAAAAAAUACUAUGAGAUAGUUAUGCUCUGUGGAUUAUUGAAAAUGUGGGAAGAUUUACGCCUCCGAGUUCAUGGACCUUUCUUUCCAAGAAUUCUGAGGCGUAGGAAAGGAAAAAGAGACUUUGGAAAGACCAUAACACAUAUUGUAACAAAAGUAAUGACUACUGACAUGGUAAAGGACUUACCUUCCGAUACACUUCUCCAACAGCAUGAUGAAUUGGACUUGGCUUUGGAUAGUUGUUAUAGUGGAGAUACAGUCGUUAUUUUUCCAGGAGAAUAUCAAGCUGUAAAUCUUGCUUUAUUGACUGAUGACAUCGUUAUAAAGGGAGUUGGAAACAGAGAGGAAAUUAUGAUUACUUCCGAACCGUCUCAUGACAGUUUUGUGGUGUCCAAAGCUGAUAAUGUGAAACUAAUGAAUCUAUCCUUGAUACAACAAGGGACAGUUGAUGGUAUUGUGGUGGUGGAGUCUGGUCACAUGAUUCUAGAAAACUGUGUAUUAAAAUGUGAAGGAACAGGAGUGUGUGUUCUUACAGGGGCUGCUUUGACAAUUACAGACAGUGAAAUAACUGGUGCCCAGGGUGCUGGUGUUGAACUGUAUCCUGGGAGCAUAGCCAUUCUGGAAAGGAAUGAAAUUCAUCACUGUAAUUACCUCAGAACUGGUGACAGUUCAAAAAGCACCUUAGGUGGAGUUAGUAUGAAGGUUCUUCCUGCACCCAAACUGAAGAUGACGAAUAAUCAUAUUUACAACAACAACGGCUACGGAGUGAGCAUUCUUCAACCAAUGGAACAGUUCUGUAUUGUAGCAGAAGAAGCCCUCGACAAGGGAGCUGCUUCAGGAGAUAAAAAAGAUGAAAAUACACCCUCCAAAAUAAUGCAAAAUCUGAAUCUAGAAAUGAAUAAUAAUAAAAUAGAAGCAAACUUGAAGGGGGAUAUUAGAAUAGUCACAAGUUAAAGAUCUGGAUUUCUGUUAAAGUUUUAUAUUUCAGAUAUUUCUUUAAUAAAUCUCAUCUCCCACAGAAAUGGGUAGUU